AUGGAGUUGAAGAAGAGGCCUUGUGCUACUCCUCAUUCCAAUCAUUACAAAGUGAAGUGUCCAGUGAUCGACUCGUCUCCGAAGCCAAUAAAAGCUGUCAUGGCAUUCCGAGAAGCAGCACUGAGGCAUGCGCUUAUACAGGCGUUGGAUCAUGAGGACAGAUCGACUUCGUUCGACGGCUCUGUCGUGAGGCGAUCCGAACGGGGAUCAGAAGUCGAUACUGUCCUCAUCCAGACAGGCCCAUUUUGGCUAAGCAGCUUUUCGAUAUGCUCGUGUGCCUGUCCCCGUCGAAAAAGUCCAACCGGGAAGCAGGUAGCCACCUAUCCUUCUAACAGGCGAUCCGAUCAGGGAUCAGGGAUAGCUCUGGCUACCAAGCUGUUCGUCGGACGUCGCCCAGACAUCGUCGAGAGUCGUCACCUUCCAGAAAGAUGGAAUUGA